AUGGGAAGAGCUCCUUGCUGUGACAAAGCCCACGUGAAAAGAGGGCCAUGGUCAUCUGAUGAAGAUAACACUCUCAGAAACUACCUUGAGAAAUAUGGGACUGGAGGCAAUUGGAUUGCUCUUCCCCGCAAAGCAGGCCUUAAACGCUGUGGCAAGAGUUGUCGGCUAAGGUGGCUUAACUAUCUCAGACCAGACAUCAAGCGUGGAGGCUUUACCGAGGAAGAAGAUAACAUUAUAUGCUUUCUCUAUUGUAGCAUAGGACGUAGGUGGUCUGUUAUAGCUGCUCAACUGCCAGGAAGAACUGACAAUGAUGUAAAGAACUAUUGGAACACCAAGUUGAAGAAAAAACUAUCGGCAGGAAAAAUCAAAGGACUCGACAACAACAGCAACAACAAAACUAUCACUGACAGCUCUACCUGUAAUAUCAUCUCAGGGCAAUUUUCUGGCUCAAUUCCUAUUAAAGCUGAAGCUCGUGCUAAUGGGAAUUCAGAUUGUUUGAACGCAAAUGGCAGUACUACAUCAUCUCCUUACGUGACAGAUAUGGAAUACCAGCAAAAUUAUGAUUAUCCAGGACUGAUUUUGGACCAACUUGAUCAGUUUCUUCUACCAGGGCUUAUGGAAUAUAGCACGAGUACUGCAAAUAACAAUUACAGCAUGUCAUCUUCUCAAGAAGUUUCAAGUCUUUCCAGUUCAUCUUCCUUUCUCUUGGAGAACAAUUAUGCUGCUUGGUCUAGCAAUAUUGGAGGUGCUGAAGAUAAAGGAACCGUACUGGACAUUGAUUUUGAGGGCCCUCGGUAUAUUUUCAAUGGCUCUUGCUUUCAAGAUAGAAGCAGUGAAGUUGCUCCAUGCUUUGGGUUCUUUUCUUCUACAACAUCGCUGGGCAACAGUACUUAUUGA